CAUAAACCGCAGCUGCUGCGUUUAUAACGUUCAACGGUUAUAUUGGGGAAUCGAAGGUCGAUUGAUAAUGAUUGCAUACGUUUUGCGCAAAGCCACCUUACAGAGGUCAAAUCGUACACAACUUCUAUGUGCUAAUAGCAAGCGAGCGACACAAUUAGACGGUUUUAGAAAAUAGAGCAAUGACGCAGGUAUUUAUAAAUGGAGCAAGAGAUGAAACAAAUGUCCGUGAGUUUGACACUUUGGAUUCAUCCAUACAAGAGCUGAUUAGAGCCGCCAACGAGGCUAGAAAUAAUGCAUAUUGUCCGUACAGCAAUUUUGCAGUGGGCGCUGCUCUACGCACCAGCGAUGGCGCCAUCUACACAGGCUGCAACAUCGAAAAUGGCGCCUACGCUGCCAGCAUCUGCGCCGAGAGAACGGCGGCUGUGAAGGCCAUCAGCGAAGGCAAACGCGAUUUUGUGGCCUGCGCCGUGGUUGCCCAGCAGGACACCGGCUUCACAACACCCUGUGGCGUCUGCCGCCAGUUUUUGGCCGAGUUCGUCACAGCUGGCAAGGACAUACCGCUGUAUGCGGCCAAGCCGAGUAACUUGCCUUUGCGUGUGCUGUGCACCAGUGUGUUGCAGUUGCUGCCAAAUGGUUUCACGUUUCACAAUGGCAAAUAAGCAGCAG